AUGACCACCGUCUCCUCCGCCGUAACGGAAGGCGUGAAAGCUGUCACGCCGCCAUGGAAGAAGAACGGAAGAAAUGGAAAGUUGCGAGUGAUGUGUAGGUAUGGCGGUACUAUAGUUUCACCUCCGCAGACGAAAUCGCCGCGCUACGUCGGCGGAGAUACUCGAAUCGUCGCCGUUCCUCCCUCCGCGGAAACGAGCUUCGCUUCGCUUGUUAGUCACCUCACGGUUACGCUCGGAAUCAUUUACGCUUUCAAGGUUAAAUAUCAGCUUCCUGAUCAGGAUUUGGACUCGCUUAUCUCCGUCGAGACGGAUGAAGAUGUUCAGAUCAUGAUGGAGGAAUACGGUUAUCUCUCCUCCGAUUCAUCGAUUCCACAAACGCGAAUCCGAUUGUUUCUUUUCCCUUUGAAACCUCAACUGAAUGAAUCCGGUGCGAGUCAGGGAGAUCCGACUCAGUCUAAAGCGGAGACGGAUGUCGAUUGGCUUGGAAUCGAAGAGUCGAAGGUGACUCGCUGCGAGUUGACUCAGCCAGUGCUUCAGCACCCGACGACGGGUACGUGGUUCGUAGAUGCGUUAAAGAGCGCGGAGAGGAUGCAGGGCGGUCGAGGUAGUAGCGGAAGUAGUGGAAGCGGAGAUUGUAACGGCGGGAUUUGCGGACAGGAAUCGAUGAUGCUCGAUACCAAUUCGUCCUUUGGCUCGACCUCAUCAUCGGUUUCUUCGAGCAAUUUACCUCCGAUGAAAAGCACCGGCGAGGACAACAAUCCGAAUUCGCAGGUCAAAUUUGCGCCAAUAGAAUCCGUAGCAAGCGAUAAUGUCGCGGUCACAAUCUCUUCCCACGAGUUACCGACACAUCCUCAUGUUUUGGAGAACAAAGUAUAUUCCAGCCGCUAUGAAGCUGAGCUAAACAAACCAGUUCCAGCUCCAGUUUCCGGGUAUCCUCCAUUUCUGAACCAAGCUCAACAACAUAUACAGGUCAUAUACAGUGGACAGCCUUACAUUGCCGGAAACUCACCUAUGAAUUUGCCUGCCACAACAUACGGAAACCACAUCCAUUAUCAGCUUCCGCCACAGCCUUACCCAAUCUAUUACAUUCCUGCCGAGCAGUACAGUUUGAGGCACGUUCAAGCACCGCCUGUGCAACCCAACACCGUUGUAAACACCCAACAAAUUGAUUCUCCGGUGGUCUGCACCAGCAGCCCUCUAGCACCAGAGUUGUCCUCACAUGUUUACCCUCCACCCAAACCCGUCGUUUUAUCGGUACAAACAUCAAGUGAAGCUGCUCUUAGUACUACAUGCAGAGAUGAUUUCAUCUAUAACACCGACCUUGAUGACGAUACAGCUCGUGCUCAAAUAUACAAGUCUCAGCCUCCAGCUCCCAUAGUACCGUCUCAGUAUCAAACCAUGAUGCUAACCGAAGCUUUCGGUCAGUUAAACACCCACAAUGCUCGAGAAAAGUAA